AUGGCCGACUCAAAGCAAGGAGGCAACCUCUACGACAUGGCCAAGGACGGAACUAAAGUUCCUGGCGACGCAGGCAAACAGAACGUUCUCAAGUCUGUCCCCAACCCCCACCAGCAGGACCCGUCUGCCGCGGGCGGCUUAGGCGCGACGACGCUGCACGGCGCCGCGGAUAACCCGAUCCACGACGACGAGGGCAGACCUUCCGGCGUCGGUGAGGGAAUCACGGCUACGGGUCACGACAUCCCGCAGUCGGUAACGGGGAAGCCUGGCGGCCGUGGGGGCACCCAGGGGUCGGAAGACGUCAGGGGGACCACGGGUACCUUUGCGACGUGA